CAUUUGCGUAAGUUUAAUUCUGGUGCGUCUUCCGGUGCGUGGUUGUAAAGUACGAAAUGGGUCCAAACACCGUAAUGUAAAUUCGACAUAAACAAGGCAAAAUGCAUUAGCUUGUGCUUAUGCGACAAAGUAUUUUCCAAACGUUUUUCCUAUAAUUCGAAAACCUCGAAUUCAUCAUGCGAUUCAAUCCCAGUAAAUCGAUUAUGGGAUGUACGAUUAUUGCAUUAGGGUCGUUGUCCGUCGGACUUGAAACUGGAGUUGUAAUGGCCGGCCGCGCGGACAACCGCGGUGACACACAACUUCACGGACUACAUCGUGUGGCCCCGGGAAUAUGGGGCGGAUUCAUCUCCAUUGUGUCCGGCGUGUUAGGCAUGAUGGCUGACAACCGCACACAGAUGCCGUUCAGGAUACCCAAAUACUAUUAUCCCUACUUCUGGGGUUUGGCCGUGUCAUCCUUUUUGGGAUUUGUUAUAUCUGUUAUAUCGCUGGGCGUCAACGGAGCAAUGAUAGGAAAUGUCGCGAGUGAUUGUUCGUCCACGAGGAUCGAUGCGCAGUUGUAUCUCUAUGUUGACCUGUUUUGCUAUGGCAUCGUUGCGGCGGUUAUACUGAUUCCAGUCUCCUCGGUGUUGUUGAUACUUCACGGGAUAUUCAGCUACUACUGCAUAUUGACCAUUCGGCAUGUGUUCUGGAACAGACAGUUCGAAGGCCGGCAGCGUCUGCACACGAAUUCCACUUCCGGUACCGCAUCCAUGUCGUCCAUCGGCGACGACGUCAAUUUUGGCAGCAGACCGAAGAGGAAUUUAAGCGAAGUCUCGGAAAGCUACGAGGAAGGCGUCAAUCCCAAUUACAUAGGAGAUUCUGGUGAAGAGAUGCCGAACAUAUCGGCAGGCACGACUGCAUCUGGUCGUCAGCGCGCGCCGAGUUCGCCCCAGCCGUCUUCCAGCAGAGCACAUUAACUCCCGCUUUACUAAGACUGCAACAUCGUUCGCUGGCCGACUACUUUGCGCAUGCAGAGUGUCAUGAUCACAGUUUUGUAAUAGAAAUAACUUUUUAAAAUUGGUCAAAAUUACAUACGAUUCACGAUUGUACAGCAUGUAAUGUGGGAAUAUCGGAUUAAAUUUUGUCAUCUAUCUGUUACUUAUCUUUAAUACGAUGCAUAUCUCAUAUGCAUAUUUAAUAAAAAAAGCUGUAAAAAG